AUGGGCAUGAUGGCAAGAAACUGGAAGAUCAGGUAUAUCAUCUGUCACUGUGGAUUCAAGCCAUGUGAGCAUAAGGGAUGUGGAAAGAAAUAUGGUGCUCCUGUUUCUCUCAGAACAAAUAAAAGAUGUGUAAUAGCUCCCUCUAUGAAAAGACAUGGUGAUUGUGAAAUAAGCUUACAAGUAAUUGGUAUUCCAACUUCAGUGGGAAUAUAUCAACAAGCUCAUAUUGAAGAAAAACCUUCUGAGUACAAGGAAUAUGGAAAUGUGUCUGUCUAUACUGGAUCACUUUGCACAGGUCAUGUGACUCACAUGAUAGGAAAAUGCUAUGAAUGCAAUCAGUGCGGUAAAACUGUGAGUCCUUCCAGUUCUCUUCAAAGGCAUUGAAAAACUCAUAUGGGAAGAGGAAAUAAUAAAUGUGAGCCAUCUCCUAAAGACUUCAGCUGUUACAAAUGUCUCCAAACACAAAAAACAACCAAUAAUGAAGAGGAUCUCUAUGAAUGUAAAGCCUUUAUAUCUGAUUCCUCUUUACAUGUACAUGAAAGAACUCAUUUGGAAAAGAAUCCCUGUGAAUAUGAUAACAGUGAUAAAGCCUAUGAAUGUCAUAGUAUUCAUCAAAUACAUAGAACUCAUGCUGGAGAGAAGCCCUAUGGAUGUAACCAAUGUGGUAAAUCCUUUGCUCAUAAAAGUCAUCUUCUCAGUCAUGAAAGAACUCAUACUGGAGAGAAACCCUAUGGAUGUAAUAAGUGUGGUAAAACAUUUGCACAUAAAAGUCAUCUUCACAGGCAUGAAAGAAGUCAUACUGGAGAGAAACCCCAUGAAUGUAAUCAAUGUGGUAAAGUUUUUGCAAAAAGAAAUAAUCUUCACAAUCAUGAAAGAAGCCAUAGAGGAGAGAAACCCUAUGAAUGUAAUCAAUGUGGAAAAGCCUUUGCAACAGAAAGUCAACAGACAUUCAGCAGUGUCCUGAGCACAGGAAACCUCAAAGGCUUCACCUACAGUGACACAUUCCCUCCAACAAGGCAUAUCCACCCCAACAAGGCCAAACUUCCUAAUAAUGUCAUUCCCUAUGAAACUGGGCAGAAGAAUAUAGCUGGGAUUUCUGGGGAGAAGGGGGGCAAUGGAAAGAAACAUGACAUCACCAGUCAGAUGCAGAGGAAGCAGUAUGAACAGUGUGGAAAUGAGGUACUAGAGCCAUUUGACGGAUGGUAG